UUGACAUUUAUUGAACACAAAAUGCCAGUGCCAUUAGAUCCACCAGCGCCAGCCAAUUCUGAACAACCAGGGGUGACAACAGAUGUCAUUUACAAUGGGUCAACUUUUCGAGGACACCAAAAGAGCAAGGGAAACUGUUAUGAUGUUGAAGUUGUUUUACAGUACGUUGACAUGGAUAAUUCCUAUCUUUGUGGCUAUCUGAAGAUAAGUGGUCUGACGGAAGAAUUCCCGACGCUGACAACAUUCUUUGAUGGUGAAAUUAUCAGUCAGAAACAUCCAUUCCUUACCAGAAAGUGGGAUGCGGAUGAAGAGGUGGACAAAAAGCACUGGGGGAAAUUCCUGUCUUUUUACCAGUUUGCAAAAACUUUCAACAAUGAUUCUUUCGACUAUGAUGAAUUGAAAAACACAGACUAUGUCUUCAUGAGGUGGAAGGAGCACUUCCUCGUUCCUGACCACACAAUUAAGGACAUCAGUGGUGCAUCAUUUGCCGGGUUUUACUAUAUCUGUUUCCAAAAGUCAACCAAUUCAAUUGAAGGAUACUACUUUCACAAAAGCUCAGAAUGGUUCCAGUCACUAUGUCUCAUCCACGUAGCCAAUAAGAGUAUUCCGAUUUACCAGUUCCGAUGAACACUAUACUGGUGAUCUCGAUAAACUCUGAGGACUUAUCCCAGUUCGUCUGCAACAGCUAGACCCUCCUAUAUGUGUCUCAUGUUCAAACGCCUAGAAACAAUAGCUGUCUGUAUGUUAUAAGAUUAAACAGCACACACCUAUCUAGGCUGUAGACUUGGGCUUGCUUUAAAAUGGCUCAAUAUUAAAAUACUUUUACUUUAUACCAACUCUAGGUGAUUGUAAUCCGAGAGUUAGGGGCCUUGGAGAGGCCAUCUCCACCCAAGUUUUAAAAUAACAGGAAGAUGUCCCAGAAUGCAACUGUUUAAUCCAUUCUUAGAUAACCGUUAUGAAAUGGAGUAUCUGUAUGGAAUGGGUACAUUGUCUUGCCAAGAUGUUGGAUAACACGCAGCAUUUAUUAUCAAUAUUGUUAAGUAUAUCCAGUUCGAAAUAAUAUUUAAUAGUCUUGCAACUACUAUUCUUAAUAUAAUAGUAAUAUAUGUGUUUUAAUAUAUACAUACAUAUAUAAUUAUAUAACUAAAAGUUUGUUUUGUUUAACGACACCACUAGAGCAUAAAUAACAUGCAGCUUUUAUUAUCAAUAUUGUUAAUUAUAUCCAGUUCGAAAUAAUAUAACUGAUGGAAAGAAAUAAAGGAACACGUGAGUAGUAACAUCAAAUGUUGACUACAACCAAAAUCCUCGUCCACAAGUAUGAGAAAGUUAACAGUGUUACUGGACAUCAACCACAGUACUGACAUGCAGUGCCACAAUACAUCUCUGUAUUUUAUACAGACUUAACUACUCCAGUAGUGAAUUACAUUUGGUCUCAGAUACCAUGCGUUCCCUUAUUUCUUUCCAUCAGUAU